UCUAAAUCUACGGAAGAAGAAUCGGGUGAAGUUGAAUUGGAGGGUCGACCUCUUAGGCUUGGAUUAGGUGCCACGGUUCCACGGCAGUCCAGGGUUGGACCGUUAAAUGACCCUGUUGAUCGAAGAUUGCAUGCUAAAUUAGAAGCUGGAAAGAGGAAAGCUUCCCAGAGAAUGGAGGAGGAAUCCAGCCCAUCUGUAAGAGGUGGGUACAAUGUUAAAGAUGAUGAAGACAACGACGAUGAUUUGGAUAGCCGAACAAAUUUAUUCGCCAAGAAGAGAAUGAUGCCCUUGACCUCAUCUUUACGAGCAAAGAAGCAAAAGUGAUUUGUUCUGGCCAAUACUUCGUUACAUGGCCCUCCGAGUAUUUGCGAUGGUAGGAUUUUGCGCUAUGGCUAGCUUUUUGUUAUGAUAUCACAAUAAAUGCUGUCAAUUUGUUUAAUUAUAGCAAAUGCAAUGUUGCUUCAAUGCUGGACUAACUUUUUUUUACUAUGACAGUGAGACGGACACUAGUAGAUUUAGCUAUAAUAGCUAAACCUAGUGCCAAAUUUGGCACCAAGUAUAGCCAUUGCUAAAAUAUUGCAAGCCAAAUAGCAUACCAUUGGAACACCA